AUGAGCGGCGCUGCACCUACGCGCAGCACAAGGAGAGACAGCUGGCAAAACUCCUUUUCGGCUCUCAUCACCGCGUUAGAGGAUGCUUCCAGCAACGUCAUGGACAUCUUCUAUGUUGCUGAACCUGCCCGUGAGAAAAUCAUCCACGUUCUGAAGCAAUGGCGUGAGCCUCCUGUGGAGAUCUACACGACGGCUGCCAUCAGACGAAUGAUUGUAGAGCAGUCGGAUGCCCAGGAUGAAGCCUCUUGUGAGGAUUACCCAACGCCUAAGUAUGUGGCAGGGCAAUCCUCAAGGAAGAACAGCACCAGCCAUGACAGAAACUCGGGCCCUAGCGGCUUCUCGCCAGGAAGAGAUGGACGAGUUCGAAGCUGA